AUGUUAAAGUUCAGUUUACGCCGAGCGUUUUAAGGUCUGUGUAGAGAUGCAUGUACUGCUUCUCAAAGAGCCACGAGAUGGAGAGUCUGGACCUGAUCCUUACAUCAAGGAGCUGGCCUCACAUGGACAUAAAGCAACCCUAAUCCCUGUGCUGUCUUUUAAGUUUGUCUCAUUGAACACCUUGUCAGACAAGCUUUUCCAACCAGAAAAACAUGGAGGUCUUAUAUUUACUAGCCCAAGAGCAGUGGAGGCUGUGAAGAUGUGCUUGGAAGCAGAAGAAAGACGGGAAGAAUGGAACAACUCUGUGAAAGACAAAUGGAACAGCAAGUCCAUCUAUGUGGUUGGGAAGGCAACUGCUGCAUUAGUACAGAGUCUGGGUCUGAACCCUUUGGGCGAGGACACAGGGACAGCAGAUGUCCUAUCACGUCUUAUCAUUGAACGAGAGGACACAAAUAUUCCACCACUUUUCUUCCCCUGUGGCUCAAUCAAGAGAGAAGUCUUGCCUACAGCUUUACGGGAAAAUGGAGUGCCCCUAGAGACGCUGACUGUCUAUCAAACAGCGGAACAUCCAGAUCUGGAGAAAAAUAUAAAGAACUAUUUCACAGAGCAGGGCACUCCAGCCAGCAUAGCUUUCUUCAGUCCAUCAGGAGUGAAGUUCUGCCUAGAGGUGGUACAGAGGCUGUCAGGCGAACAGCUGGCUCAAAUAAAGGUACAGCCUCCUCUUAAUCACCCGCAUAAAGUUGUGCAUGAAUCCACAGUGCUUAACAGAUCUCCAGCCUCUGACACUGAAUUUUGUGUCCAGUUUGCAGCCAUAGGGCCGACUACACAAGACGCCAUGACAGCAGAAGGCCUGAGUGUCAGUUGCGUUGCAGUGAAGCCAACAGCCGAACACCUGGCAGCAGCGAUAGCCAAAGCUCUACAGUGACCACCCCACAGGCUGCAGCCCUUAAAUCCAUCCACUUUAUCUUCUCUCUGUAUAUUCUGUAUUAUUUAUAAGUGCUGUCAUUUAUCUGUUUGUCUUGCACCACUUUUGUAUAUACAUCAGCUUAUUUGCACUGAGAAAAUGUAGCUUUUUGUGCCAUAAAAGCCUUAUAAUGUAAGUUAUAAUUCCAAUCACGUUAAGCCGCGUGCUAAAGAAAUUUAAUGCAGGGUUUGUUGUUGAAAAUAAACCUCGGGCAGUUUGAUGUGGAA